GGUGGGACUUCGGCGUAAACGGUCAGGUUCAGUGUAUCUGUGUAAGAGAGAAGAGUCAUUCACCGUUAGGUAAAGUUGCAAUGAUCUAAGCGGAGAUCCUAUUAAUAACUUGACGGCUGACGACCAGUUAGCCUAUGGUUUGGAUUGUGGUGACCUGCCCGAGCUGAUUCAGGAGACGGACAUUUAAGACGAGGAUCGGAAAAACUCCUGUGGACCACUAAGAAGAACGGUUUCCCGCGUCUGCGCUUCCGGUUGUAGACAGUUUGCUGGUGUGUUUUUUCUCCCGGGUUCUGCCUGCCGUCCAUCGCCCGGAUUCCGCUCAUCUUCUCCUUUGAAUGGGGAACCAGAGACGUGGUCUUGUCCAGCACCGUGAGUGUAGAUGGCCACGUCCUGGCAGUGUCUGACAACAUGUUUGUCCACAACAACUCUAAGCACGGCCGAAGGGCCCGCAGACUGGAGCCCGGCGAGUCUGUGGAGAAUACUAUGGAAUAUGCCACCCCGUGCAUCAAAGCCAUUAGUCCCAGUGAGGGCUGGACCACCGGCGGGGCGAUGGUCAUCGUCAUUGGGGAGAACUUUUUUGACGGCCUGCAGGUGGUGUUUGGCAGCAUGCUGGUGUGGAGUGAGUCUGCAUGCAUGUAAUCUCACUGUGAGCUGCUGUGAGAACCUGGCAAAGAAUAUCAACCCAUCACAAGUUAGAGAGCUGGACCUGUCCAACAACAACCUGACAGAUGCAGGAAUAACACUGCUCUCCAAGAAACUGAAGAACAGCAAAUUGGAGAAACUCAGACUGAGGAGCUGCAAUCUAACACAGCACAGCUCCGAUGACCUGACCGCCGUCAUCAGCUCAGCCUCCUGCCAGCUUAGAGAAUUGGACCUAUCUGACAAUGACUUGCAGGACGUAGGAGUCAAAACGCUCUCUGGUGGACUGGAGAGUCCUCACUGUCAACUGAAGAUACUCUCUGUGUCCUUGUGCAGAGUGACAGAGGAAGGCUGCACUUUCCUGGCAUCAGCUUUGAACUCGUCCAGUAUGAGAGAGCUGGACCUGAGCUACAACCACCCGGGAGAGUUGGGCGUGCAGCUUCUGUCUGCUCUGAUGGCCGACCCACAAUGCAGCCUGCAGAAACUCAGGAGGAGCAGCUGAGAUGAGGAGUUGGAUCCAGGCAGUGCCGGCGCUCCGCACACGCACAUCACGCGCUGCGCGUAGGGCACCAAGUGCCUGGAGGGGCACCAAAAAAUCUGGGACGUGAAAAAUCAUCACAGUAGGCUACUAGUAUAAAUAACAAAUAAAAUAUGUCUAAAGCAUGCUAAUAUGCAAAAUCAAUACAAAGUCAAAAAGUAAUAGGCCUAGACCAAAUUAGUGGAGAAAAAGGGGAACCUCCUGUGCGCCCCCCCCCCCCCCUCACCUCCCAGUGGUCUGUUCCAUUAUGCCUCAAAUCUCAAAUGUGGCAGACAGCUUUGAAACGGCUUCGAAAAGGCAUCAAGAGUCGGGGGCGGAAAAAAGAGACAGCGGGAUGAUGCUCGCGCGUCGCUCUCAGCUAAGACAAUGUUUUAAAUCAGGGGUCCCCAAACUUUGUCUCGUGAGGACCGUUGCUAGCGGUCACCGGGCGGCCGGCUGCCCACAUGUACUCGCGCUCAUAAUGUCCGCACGGACCGCCGUGGGUCGUAAUCGGUACUCGUCCGCGGGCCGCCCGACGUUUCUGUUACCGUUACCGUUUCUGUUAUCAUUUGUUUUUCAUGUUAUCAUUUACGUUUUUGCAUAACAAUCGGCUUCAAGAGGCAUAUCCCAAUCUAUGGAUUGCUUCGUAUUGCACUGACUCUCCCUGUCACAGUUACCUCUGCUGAGCGAAGCUUUUCAAAGCUCAAACUAAUCAGAACGUACCUGCGCUCAUCAAUGGGGCAGGAACGUUUAAGUGGUCUGGCUGUCAUCAGCAUCAAUGGGGACGUGGCUCAGAAACUGUCAUAUGACCUGAGAGCUGAUUUUGCAGCUAGGAAAUGCAGGCGUGUGCCUCUGUAGGGCCUUUGACAACUGAUGGUAGUGAAAAUGUUUGUAAUAUUGUUCUAUCGGAUAGCAGAAUGGUCUCUUUUAUAGAGAUGGUAAAGUAAAUUCUACUGUGCAGUUUGCACUUUAUUAUUAUUAUUUGUACUUACUGAAGAAAUGUGCACAUUAUUACUUACACGGUUAUAUACUUGAAUACUUUCUGCAUUUACAAUGUUCAGUUCCAAAUCUGUGUUUUUAGUAAUUGUGGUGGUAUUUGGUAAUUAUAAUUUAUAAUUUUAUCUUUUAUAUAAUUUAUUUCUUUUCAUGUUUGUUUAUGUAAAUUAUUUAUGUUUAGAAGUUAUUUGGGGAAUAAAGAGUACCUAACUAAGACCUAACUAAGAUUCUGAAUGGUUGUUAUUCCUUUGG